AUGUUUCCGAAAAUGUGUUUACCUUGAUUUAGUUUUUUUUUCAUUUAAUUGUUAACAAUUUCGUUAUUAUCUAAUUGUAGUUUUUUUGAGUAGAUUUUACAGAUUAUUAGUGAAUUCUACAGUUUUGGAAUCCAUUUUGUACUGACUUGUUUCUUUGUGCUGAUGUCAAAAAGGUUUUUGCCUUUGGCAUUUUGAUCAAUUUUACUUUUUUUCUCUCUCUCUCUCUCUCUAUCCAUUGAUUAGUUUAUUUUACAUUAUGUUUCACACUUUUCAAAUUUGUUCAAAUGCUAGGCUAUUGUCGCUUGGAAGCUAUAGAAAUUUAAUAGACUCUUUGAGAGUCGUUACUCGUCUUUAUGCCACCGAACCAAAAGUACCUAAAAAAGGACCUGGUGGUACAGGCAAGAAAACGUUUACUCGAGACAAGCCUCACAUAAAUAUUGGUACAAUUGGACAUGUCGAUCAUGGUAAAACAACUCUCACUGCUGCGAUUACAAAGAUUUUGGCGGAGAAAAAAUUAGCCACAGUUAAAUCUUACGAUGAUAUUGACAAUGCACCCGAAGAGAGACAACGAGGUAUCACAAUCAACUCUGCUCAUGUAGAAUAUUCAACUGAGAAAAGACAUUAUGGUCACACUGAUUGUCCAGGUCACGCUGAUUACAUUAAAAACAUGAUCACCGGUGCAGCUCAAAUGGAUGGAGCAAUAUUGGUUGUCGCUGCAACAGAAGGUCCAAUGCCUCAAACUAGAGAGCAUCUUGUUUUGGCUCGACAAAUUGGUAUUGAGCAUGUGGUCGUAUAUUUGAAUAAAGUGGAUGCUGCCGACGCUGAAAUGGUAGAACUGGCCGAAAUGGAGGUUCGAGAAGUAAUGACCGAUGUUGGUUAUAACGGAUCUGAUGUACCCGUGAUUGCAGGUUCAGCUUUGUGUGCCUUGGAAAGUGCUAAACCAGAAAUCGGUCGAGAUUCUGUCAUUAAAUUGUUAGACACUGUAGAUGAAUAUAUACCCGAACCUAAGAGAGAUAUUGAUAAACCAGGCUUAUUGGCAAUCGAACACAUUUAUUCAAUCGUUGGUAGAGGAACCGUUGUAUCUGGUAGACUAGAACGUGGUAAAUUUAAAGUAGGCCAAGAAAUCGAAGUAGCAGGUUACGGUAAAUCUGUCAAAACCAAAAUUAAUGGAAUCGAAAUGUUCCGAAAAACUUUAGACGAGGCGAUUGCUGGAGACACAAUUGGUAUUUUAUUGAAAGGAGUGAAAAAAGAUGAGGUCAGAAGAGGUAUGACCGUGGCUCCCAUUGGAACCAUUGAGCCUCACGAUCAGCCGAUCGCCAAAGUGUAUCUGCUUAAGAAAGAGGAAGGAGGUAUAAAUAAACCCUUCUUGACCUCUUUCUCUGCUCAAAUGUAUUCAAGAACAUUUGACAUUCAGACUCAGCUUAAUUUCCUCAACAAAGAAAUGGCUCUGCCUGGUGAAGAUGUUGAAGUCCACAUGAGGUUGAUUAAGCAAAUGAUGACUGAGAAAGGACAACGAUUCACACUCCGUGAUGGUGGAGUUACAUUUGGAACUGGAGUUAUAAUCGAUUUCAAACCAAAUAUGACCGAAGAGGAGAAGGCCAAAUUUAGAAAAGGAAAAACAAUGAAAGAAAAGGAAGCAUUUAGAGCCAAAUACAACGAAAUGAUUGAAAAAGCAGCAACAGAAUUAGAGAGCAAAACGAAAAAAAAAGAAAUGGAAUCAUGUUUGGAAACCGUUGAAAAUAAUCCCAGUGAAACUUGUAUUUCCAAUGAUGAAGGCGAUCCUAUUAAACCCAAGCCAGUUGAACCUGUGAAAAAAUAUGAUCUCAAAUUGUCUCGGAAAUUUACCCUCGAUGAGAUAAAGAUACUGAAAAAGAAGGCAAUGAAAAACAGUUUCAGUAUAUUCGCCGUUGAAGAGGUUUCAACCCUAAAGGAACGAUGCCUCCAACAGGGUAUUCAUGUGGAUCCACUCAUGUGGGACAUGUUAAAAGAAGACAAUUCUGCUGCUAAAUAUGGCGCCAGUAAAAAGAAGAAGAAGAAAGUCGACCAUUGGGAGGUUGAAGCCAUUUUGGAUGCUAAGAAUUUAUCAAGUUCAAAACCCUUGUAUCUCAUUAAAUGGAAAGAUUGGGACGAUAUUUACAAUUCAUGGGAACCAUUGGAACAUUUAACUUGUGCAACUCUACUACUUCGAGAAUUCCAUUUGGCUCGUAAAGCGUCUAAAAGCUCAUGUCUUGAGUAUAAUACAUUCAUUCGAUUCCGUUCUACAAUUGAAAAUAUAAUAAGUUCAUCGUUUGCAGAUGAAGCUGUGAUCCUCAAAUUAACCAAUACACCAUUAUCUCAUUAUCGAUACACCAAAUCGCAUUUCAAGAAUCUAAAAGACAAGAUCCGUGAUCUAUGUGGACCUUUACUAAAUUGUUUUGAAGACAAUAUAACAGCCAAAAAUUAUGCAACUUUGGUUGAAUUUUUAAUUGAAAAGCUUGGAAUUGCCCGUGAAUUUGGUGAUUUUAAUGGUUUAACUAAUUUUAUCGAGAAAAGAAAGGAUACCCUUAAUGCUAUCCGUAAAUGGGAGAAAGAAUUAUCCAAAGUAGAGACUAGCGAAUGUGGUGUCCCGGUUCAUGUUGAGAAUCUUGUUGAUCUUGAAGGUCCACCUUCAAACUUUAAUUACAUACCAAAGUGUCAAGUUGAUACCAAUUUAAUAUUUAUGGAAGAAGAUCCACCCUUAUGGUGCGAAUGUACCGAUGAUUGUUACAGUAGCAAAGAUAAAUGUUGCCCAGCAAAUAAUGAUGCAACUUUUGCAUACACAAAGAAUAGUCGCCUUUGGUUACCACCUCGUCGUCCGAUCUUCGAAUGCAAUAAAAAAUGUAAAUGUUCCAAAGAUUGUGCCAAUCGAGUUAUUCAAAAAGGUCGAAAGCACAGAUUAUCUAUUUUCAGAACAGAUAAUGAUUGUGGAUGGGGGGUUAGAGCUUUAUCUACUAUUCCAAAAGGACAAUUUGUCACCGAGUAUGUUGGAGAAAUAAUUACAGUUGAAGAGGCGGAAAAACGAGAGAAAACAUAUUCUGUUGAAGGAAAGAAUUAUCUUUUUGAUCUUGAUUUCAAUCCGGAAGCUGAAGGGGCUUAUGUAAUAGAUGCUUCUCAUUAUGGUAACGUAGCUCAUUUUAUAAAUCACUCGUGUGAUCCCAAUUUAGCUGUUUAUGCAGCAUGGAUUGAUAAUUAUAAUACAAAUCUUCCUAGGAUAGCAUUUUUCUCCAAGAGAAAUAUACGACCCGGAGAGGAAUUAACAUUUGAUUAUCAUAUGUCAGAUGUUGGUUCUAAACAAAGUACAAAACAACGACUUUUAGAUCAAUUAAAACACAAUAAAAACUUAUCAGCAGAAGAGAAGAAAAAAUUUGAAUACAUGUUAUCAAUCAAUUUGGUUCGAUCAGAAGCAUCCAAUUCUUCAAUUAAGAAUGAUUCAGAUGAUGAAGAUGCUGGAUCAAACUCUGCAACCGAAUCUUAUCAUGAUUCUGAUAUUGAAAAUAUCCCCGAUGAAGCUGCCGAACCCAUUUUACCCAAUGGAGAAGGGGAAUUAAAAACACCCACAUUCUCCCGUUUAAACACCUCGGCAUCGUCCAGCCGCAUUCUCUGUAAAUGCGGAGCAACCAAUUGCCGAUUUUAUCUAUUCUGUUGAGUUUAAUCCUCACCCAAAUUUCUGGUGACAGUUUUACUCUAGUUAAAAGCUGGGAUAGAGUAAAACACCAGCCUGUUGAACAAAACCAAAUCUUUUUAUUAUUCAUUACUCUCCAUCUAAACUGUUUCCGCCUAUUCGAUAUUUUGUAAAAAAAAAGACCUAUGUAAAUAUCUUCAUAAAUAUUUAUCGAUCAUGAAACGGACCUCUCACUUCACGAUCCACGAAUCCCACACACUCAAAAUGUUUACACGAAAAUGUCAUUAUUCUCCACGUGAUGCCUUAAGGGGCUUAAAUAGUCAAACAUGAACCAUAAAAGUGAACUCCCGCUCUCUUGUCUUUGUCUUUGUCUUUGUCUCUCUCUUUCCAGUCCCUUCGCAACCAACAAAUUGGUAUCUUAAUCACUUAACAACUCAAUGGCUGUUUCCAAGACUGUCAUCAUCCUCAUCAUCACGUCAACAUUAUCAUCAUCUACAUGAACACAUCUAAAGCCAUUGUAAUUGUUUAACUAUCGCUUAAGUUUAACUUUUUCAGCUGAAAACCAUUCACACAAACAGUCAUCCACCUCCUCUCAUGAAAGCAUUUAACAAAACUGAAUAGUUUCAAGAAAAGAUGAAUGGAAAACUCAA